CUUCGACGGUCAGUACAUCAUAUAACCAGACGACCAUCAAUUCCUCCUCCACCAACUCCCGCAAUCCUCCACCCCCAUCAUCCACUUUCGCGCAAGCUGAAAUCUCUUGCACCGCUCGCCAGCAGCCCCCAACAACCAGGGCGCCUCCGCCCGCGCUCCCCCGCCACCGCAGCACAGGUCAUGUUUCGAGUAAACUCGCUCCUCCCUGGCCUUGGAACCCCGAAGAAACAGAUCUAAUCCACGCCGGAUAUCGACCCGCCUAUCCUCCCCCCAGACUCAAUUCCAGCAACCAAGACAACGACGCAGGCAAAGCAACCGCAACCUCAUUUGCGGCUGCAUCCACAUCCACCAAACCAAACCCCAAAACCAAACCUUCCGCCGUCAGAAAAAUGGCCGAACCUCGAGCCCGUGCCGCCCGGCACAAAGGGCAAAUGAACUUUGCCUCGGAGCUGCGUCUUCUCCUUCUCGCCUACGGUGACCCCAGCCCGCACCCAUCCUUCCCUUCGGAACCCCUCCCAGAAACCGUCCGCGUCCUCGACGAGAUCGUCACAGACUUCGUGCUGGAGAUGUGCCACGGCGCCGCGCAGUACGCGAGCUACUCGCGUCGGCAGAAGAUCAAGGUGGACGAUUUCCGGUUCGCGCUGCGCCGGGACCCCAAUAAGCUGGGGCGUGUACAGGAGCUGCUGCGCAUGGAGCGCGAGCUGAAGGAGGCGCGCAAGGCGUUCGAUCAAAAUGAUGAUCAGGUGGGGAAUCUGAAGGAUGCGGCGAAGAAGGGCGGAAGUGGUGGCGGAGGAGCAGGCGGGGCUGGUGGUGCUGGUGCUGGUGCUGGCGCGGCCAUAGAUGAUGAUUUCGGGGCGGCGGAGAGCGUGGAUGGUGGGAGGAAGAGUAAAGGGAAGGGGAAGAGGAGCGCGGCGGCGAGGAGGGAUUCUGAUGUUACGGAAGAGAGUAGUAAGUAUCAAGUCUACGAGCUGUAA